AUGGCGUCCGCAGUCGCGGAUCUGGAGGUCGGCCUCCAGGCAAUGCUCAACCUAAAGCCGCCAGGCGUUUCCGGAUCUCGCAUCACCAGCCUGACAUCGCUCUGCGUGUCCAACAUCCAGUCCGAAUCGGUUCUCAUCCAAAAGAUCUACACACACUUCAAGAAGGCUCCAGGAACACACAAGUUGGGGGUACUCUACGUCGUAGACUCUGUAACCCGGAAAUGGCUCGAACAGGCCAAGGCUCAGGCACAGGCAAUAAACAGCUCUGCCCAGGAUGGAACCUAUGCCGCUGGCGUCCAUCGAGUGACGGAACUCAUGCCCGUUUUGAUGAAUGACAUCCUGCAAACCGCCCCGGAGGAACAAAAGCUGGCAUCGAGUACCAUGUGCCGCAAUCCGUGGAGCGCCCUCAAAGGCGCUGCUACGAGCCCGUCUCGUUUCAUGACCUACUCGGAAAAGAUUAAGAAGCUUCUUGAUAUCUGGGAGAAGGGACAGACGUUCCCCAUGCCAAUGAUUGAGUCUUUCAAGGAAAAGCUCAAUGCACCACCACAGAACGAAUCGACAACUCCCCCCGGUAGCCCACCUCCAAGUGUGCUGGCCUCAUUCCAGGGCCACUCGACUGCUCCUCCAGCCGCUCCAGCUCCCCCGGCCCCCAAUGGUUCUUCCAUCCUGGAGGCUCUGGCCAAUAUUGCACGACAAAACACCAGUGCUCCCCCAGCCAGCGCUCCCCUUCCCGCCCCUACGGCAUCGUAUAGUCUGCCGGCUUCUGGGCCGCUGCAGCCAGUAUCAUCGGCUCUGCCGCCCGUGUCGUAUCCCCCGACCUCGCAGCCUGUGAAUGUGCCGUCUCUUCCUUUCGGCCUCCCGCAGAUGCCGGGCCACAGUGCCCUUCCAGGUGCUCUACCCAACAAUGCGAGUAAUCCGCCCAACCCAGUUGGCGGGGCCGUGCCCGGGGCGCCCAUUCCCGGUGCUUCGGCCCCUGGCCUAGGCCUUGAUCCCAACACCCAGCAGCAGAUUCUCUUGAUCAAGGCGCUGGCUGAUCAAGGCGUUCCGUUUGAUAAGAUUCCCGCCCUGAUCCAGAGCAUGACCUCGGGCCCGGGAGCGGCACCAGGAGCGGCCUCUCCGGGCCAGCAGCAUCUCCCUCUGCCCCCGAACUCUCAUGUUCCCGGUCAACCUGCAUGGGGUGGCCCAUCGGGGAAGCCAGAUGAAUCACGUGACCGAGACUAUGCCCAUGUAAGAUCUCCUCCCAGAUAUCAUGGACGAUCUCGAUCAAGAUCUCCGGACCGUGGCUGGGGUGCCCGAGGCUCGCCUCGCAAUGGACGUGACCGGAUGGAGUACGGACAUGAGUCGCCCAACCGUGGCCGUCACGAUGACCGACGCGGAGGCGACUACCGCCAGCGAAGCCCACACGGACGCCGUGGCCGAAGCCCAAGCCCGCCUCACGACCAUAGCCAGGGCGAGAAGUGGAUUGAGUACGAUCCGACUCUUCCAUCUGGACACAUCAAGGUGUACAGUCGAACCCUGUUCGUGGGUGGAGUAAAUUGCCCCGAGAGCGAAUUGCGCAGCAUCUUUAGCCGCUAUGGCACCGUGCAAACCUGCAUCGUCAACAAGGAGAAGCGACAUGCCUUCGUCAAGAUGCUCACACGGCGUGAUGCCGAGAGUGCCAAGGAGGGCACUGAGGAGUCAAGAAACCAGACCCUACUUCUUCGUACUCGCUGGGGUGUUGGUUUUGGUCCCCGAGACUGCAGCGACUACUCGACGGGUAUUAGCAUUAUCCCCAUCCACAAGCUGACCGAGGCCGACCGCAAGUGGAUGCUGACGGCCCCCUUCGGCGGCAGCGGUGGACGUCCCAUCGAGACAGGCCUGUGCGUGGAGGAGCCCGAUAUUGAGAUAGGAGCGGGUGUUUCGUCCAAGGCCAUCAGCCGACGCAUGCAGACCGACAAGGGCGGUAGCAACGGACCCAAGUCGACCCGCAACCGGGAUGAUGACCUCACCCGAUGGCGCCGGAGCCGAGAGAACGGCGGCAACCAGAAUGGGGCCCACCAUCGACGGGACGAUCGCCGAGACGGCCCUAGGGACAACCACCAGGGCAUGUCGGCGGGAUUCCCAUUCGGCAUCGGCACCCUGCCCAACGGCAUGCCCAACUUCCCGGCGGGCUUUGCAUUCCCCGAUCCCAACUCCGGCAAGUAA